AUGCGCACUCCUCCUCCUCCUCCUCUCAGGAUUGGCGAAGAGUACAGAGGAGGAGGUGCUAGAGCGGCGCCUGCGUGUGCGCGAGUACUUCCGGUCCGGCGACGGUGCGUGCAGCGGACGUGACGUCACGCGGUGGGAAAUAGCAAAUUGCAGGUGUAUUUCCUUCUGUCACUGUUGCUUGCAAUUGAAUGGUUCCUUUUUUCCCUAUUUUCGUUUUUUUUCUAGCGGUUCUCGUUUUGGUUUUUUUUGGUAAAGGUGGUUUUACAGGUAUGAAUAAAUUAUUUAUUUCUUAAAUUCCUCUGCCCCUCUCCAGGGUGGUUUACGGUAUAAAAAGGGGGGGGGAAUGCGUAAGGAGACAGACGCCGGCGGGUCAGCCGAGGCCUGGCGGAAGGGGAAGGCAGGCGCCCGGGGAGCCUCCCUGGGGAGAGCAGCAUCCCACGGACGGGGAGCCACCGCAGAGAAGGCCCCGCUCUCGCGCUGCCAGGGAGGGAGGUGAGCGCCACAGCCGCCUUCUCCCCACCCCGGAUUCCCGGCAUGUGGCUCUCAGGGCACCUUUCCUGCCCCCAAAAGUCAAGGGAGGAAAGGGCCAUUGCAGUGGCACCUCUUACCAGCCCCAGCCUACCUUCUGUUCCUCUGUCUGAUCCUCUUGGAUGAGCCUGAUGGGUUUUGGAUUCAGGGGAGCUCGGUGGAGGCCGUGGGGAGGCUAGGGGGCCACACCUGCACGUGCCUGGUCCGUUGUCGCGGGCCAGGUGGGCGGGGGGUUCUCCUUUCUACUGGCAUCAUUUCACCCCUGACGUUGCCAUGGAUGGUGCUGUCUCCUCAUUUCCCCGGGGGUUUGGGGGGCCACUAGCAACGCUAGUGUAUUUUAAUUAAUUGAUCUCUGUUUUUAUGCAUAUUGUGUUGUUUUUAUGAUGUUAGCUGCUCUGAGCCCGGCCUCAGCUGGGGAGGGCAGGAUACAAAUAAUUUAUUAUUAUUAUUAUUAUUAUUAUUUCCCUGUCUGAUCCUUUUCUGGCAAAGGGCAGCCUCAGAAAUCUCUGCCAGGUUGGCAAGCAGAGCCAAAGUUGCCCCAGCCCCUGGUCAAGGAUCCCUAUGUCACAGGCAGUUGGGCUAGAUCAGGGGUAGGCAUCCUAAGGCCCUUGGGCCAAAUGCGGCCCAAUCGCCUUCUAAAUCUGGCCCACGGACGGUCCAGGAAUCAGAGUAUUUUUACAUGAGUAGAAUGUGUCCUUUUAUUUAAAAUGCAUCUCUGGGUUAUUUGUGGGGAUAGAAAUUCGUUCAUUUCCCCCCCAAAAUAUAGUCGGGCCCCCCACAAGGUCUGAGGGACGGUGGGCCGGCCCACAGCUGAAAAAGGUUGCUGCCCCUGGGUUAGAUGAACUUUGGGGGGACCCUUCCAACUCUUCCUUAUCCUGUUUCUUAAAGGUCUUCAGGAUCUGCUUUGCCAGGACCUGCCGGGCGUUUUGCCCUCAAGCCGUCCCUCCACCAGACAGAAAGAAAGGACUCCCCCGGACCCUUUCCCCUCCGGAUCUCCCUCUCAAUGGCUCUCUGCUCCCCGGCCUCCACCUCUUCGAAGCCACGGACAGCCCCCUUCCCCGCACGGCUGAUCCCCGGCUCCCCCUACUCGGUGCUGGUCCUCCAGGAGGGCUUUUCGGAGGAGCUUUGCGACGGCAGCACCCGAGCGGACGGGACCGUCUCCCUGGUCUUGGGUCCCCAGCUCACCCUGGUGGACACGGGGGGUCCCUGGAGCCGUGAGCGGCUGCUGGCGGGGCUGGCCGAGCAGGGCGUGUCCCCUCGAGACGUCCGCCACGUGGUCUGCACCCACGGCCACUCGGACCACGUGGGCAACCUCAACCUCUUCCCCGAGGCCCUGCUGGUCGUGGGCACGGACGUCAGCCGGCCUGAUGGACGUUACCUCCCCACGGAUCUGCGCCGGGGGCUCCCCUACCCACUCCACGCGGGGCACCUGGAGGUGCUGCCCACCCCCGGCCACACGGGGAACGACGUCAGCCUGCUGGUCCGCGGCACUUCCCUGGGGGACGUCCUGGUGGCCGGAGACCUGUUUGAGCGUGAGGGAGACGAAGGAGAGUGGCAGCCGCUUAGCGAGGACCCUGCGCGGCAGGCAGGGAGCAGGGCCCGUGCCCUGGGCGUGGCGGACCUCAUCGUGCCAGGGCAUGGGGGACCCUUCCAAGUCUUCAGGGAAGGAGUUGGGUCUCGAGGGGAGGGUCUGGGUGGACUCUACAGCCCUAGCCAAGAACUGCAGAGCUGCUCUGCAUCCCCCAACAAAAAUGGUGACCAAGAGGAUGAAGGGUUUGGAAACUAA